AUGGUGAAAAUUUCAUUGACAUAUGGAAUACAAAUAGCAGAUGAUCCGAAGUUCUUAAAGAUUACUGUUCUUGCUGUACGAAAAAAUAAACAAGAAAUUGUCAGUAUAUUUCUGGAACACGGUGUUAAAGUGCUUGACGUUAAUUCCGAGGGAAAAACUCUUCCACAUCACUGUGUUUCUUCUAGUUCUGAUAAAUCUAGAUAUAAAAAAGCUGAAAUGCUUUUCAACCGAGGAGCAGCCAUCUAUGUUCACAUUCCAAACAGUUCACUUUUUUUCGAUGAAAUGGAAAAUGAUCAUCACGAUAUAGCUCGAUUAUUAUUACGUAAUCAUGGCGAUGUUCAUUACAUUAAUUCAGAUGGUAAUAUUCUACUUCAUAUGGCCAUAGCAAAUAUUAGAAUCGAUUUUAUAGAAACUUUGCUCCGAGAAGGCGGUAAUCCAAAAGCUACAAAUAAACAAGGAAAACAUCUUUUUACAUUAUUCGUGAGCCCCAUGACAAUAAAUUCAAUUUUCGUUUAG